CUUGGAAAAGUUUGAAUAAUGGCGGAGACGUUCGAGUGAGUGUAGCUCUGCGUAUUCUUUGGGAGAAAGACGGAGAGAGAGAGAGAGAGAAAGAAAAGAGAGAAAGUCUUGGUCUUCAGUCCUUAGUUUUACUCCUUCCAUUUGCUUCCCAAACCGCCCCACUCGCCGGAGCAAUCGGGUUCUCUCUCCUCAAUCCCAAAUUCACCACAAAAACACGACAGAGAAAGAGAAAUUCAGAGAAUAGAAGGUUCUAGAAGGUUCUGGAAGGGGAGAGAUGGGGGUGGAUUACUACGAGGUGUUGAAGGUGAAGCGCGACGCGACGGAGGAGGAGCUGAAGAAGGCGUACCGGAGGUUGGCGAUGAAGUACCACCCGGACAAGAACCCGGUCAACGAGAAGGAGGCUGAGGCCCGCUUCAAGCUCGUCUCCGAGGCCUACGACGUCCUCUCCGAUCCCAACCGCCGCCAGAUCUACGACCUCUACGGCGACGGGGCUCUCAAGUUCGUCGAAUUUCCCCCUUCUCCCUCCAGCUCCGACGCCGACGACGUUUUCGCCGAAUUCUUCGGCGGAAGAGGACGGGCAAACGGUAAUGGAGAGUUUCGGCGACAGAAGAGCCGGAAGGCUCCGGCGAUUGAGGAGAAGUUGGGUUGUAGCUUGGAGGAGCUUUACAAAGGGACCAGAAAGAAAAUGACAGUUUCCAGAAAAGUUCUUGAUGAUUUCGGUAAGCCAAAGACUGUUGAUGAAGUGUUGAAGAUAAGCAUCAAACCCGGUUGGAAAAAGGGAACUAAAAUAACAUUCCCAGAGAAAGGUGAUGAAGAGCCAGGAGUAACCCCAGCAGAUCUUAUAUUUGUGAUCGAAGAGAAACCUCAUCCUGUUUUUCGAAGAGAUGGGAAUAAUCUUGUGGUGAAACAGAAGAUUUCUUUGCUUGAUGCUCUUACAGGGAAAACCUUAAAUCUGACAACCUUGGAUGGGAGAAUUCUCACCAUUCCAAUCACAGAUGUCGUUAAGCCUGGUCAUGAGGUUGUUAUCCAAAAUGAAGGAAUGCCCAUCUCUAAAGAUCCCACCAAGAAGGGAAAUCUCACAAUCAAGUUUGAUGUCGUUUUUCCCUCCAGGCUCAAUGCAGAACAGAAAUCUGAUUUGAGAAGGGUCCUGGGUAGAGCUGAAAGCUAGUUGCAGAGUUUUAUGAGUUUGAACACUAAUUGAUAGUUUAUAAUAUCAAUAAAAUGUUGCAAGUGUAUAUAUUUAAGUUAUAACGUUUCUGAUGUUUAAGAGGAAGAUUGUGCAUAGUAGGAGAAUUUGAAGAAGUGGGUUAAUGGGGAUUUAGCUGCCAGAUGAUAAUUUGGCCUUUAAUGUAUUUAAGGCUUUGUAACUUUUUCUAAGUGGUGAAGUAAUUAUUAAUUAGCACCAGUUCUGUGUUCCAGAAUUGCUGGAAAAAAACCAUUUUGUAUUCUGUAUUUUGACUUUUGAGAAU